AUGCAAGCUUUUAAUGCAAUUAACAUAACCCGGUCCGCGAGCGAGGUCUUAAAAGUCAAUAUUAACGAAUUGACCAUAUCAGAUCCAGGUGAUUCCCAUAUUAAAGCACUUAUGAUUGCUGCAAGUAAAAACCAAGUUGACAUUAUCAAAUCACUAAUUGCCUCUGGCGUUGAUUUAGAUGCCGAGAAUACUGAUGGCAAUACUGCUCUUCUUCUUGCUGUGGAUCUUAAUCACACCGAAGUGGUACGUCUCUUGCUUGAGGCUGGGGCUAAUGUCAAUGCUUCAAACAAUAAAGGAACAACAGCUUUAAUAAUAGCCUCUCAGAACAACCAUUACAAAAUUUUGGAACUACUAAUUGAAUAUGAGGCACAGGUACACCGAUCAGAUGUACACAACAAUACCGCUUUAAUAUAUCUUGGAUCAAAAGGCGAUUGUGACUGUUUAAAUGUAUUGAUAAAAGCAAGAGUAGACGGCAAUCAUUCAAAUAAUUUGAAAGAGACGGCCUUAAUGAUUGCUACAAUUAAAGGUCAUGAGAAAUUUGUAAAUAUCCUUAUAAGGCACGGAGCUUCAGUUCACAAAAUCGAUUCCAAGGGAAAUAAUGCUCUAAUUUUGGCAGCUUUAUUCGGACGUGCGAAUAUCAUUGAGCUAUUAAUACAAUACGGGGCAGAUGUUGAUUUCCGUACUUUAACAGGUCAAACAGCACUAAUGUGUGCAGCCAAGAACGGUAAUCUCCAGGUCGUUCAUAAGUUGAUUGGCCUUAGAGCUAACAUUGAUUUAGCUGAUAAAGAUGGAUUCACGGCGUUUUUAUAUGCAGUUCAGAGAAAUCGUGUGGGCAUUUCUAAAGAGCUAAUUAACUACGGUGCUAACCCGUUUCAAAGAAAUCGCAACAAUGACUCGGCUUUGAUGCUAGCCGCCGAAAAUGGGAAUGAGUGCUCAGAAAAGAAUGAAAUAAAGCCCAGUUACGAUAUUGACUACUUUGAAAAGAUUUACUCGUUGCUCUAUGAAAUCGAUGAAAAAAUAAUAGAAAUAGUGCAAAGUAACUACAACAACAGAAUCAAGAAUGAAAGUGUUAAUACAGUUGAUAAAGUUGGGUUAUGUUCCUUGUCAUUUCCAUGUAUUUUUGGGGACAACACAACAGUGGAGAUUUUACUCAAAUAUAGAGCUGACCCCAACAAAUUAACAUAUUCUGGGUUUACACCUUUAGCCUACGCCAGCUUGUACGGUCAUUCUAGUACAGUUGAAUUACUCGUGCAAUACGGUGCUAAUGUUAACUUUAACCACGCCCAACUCUACGGGACUGCUUUGUUUGUCGCUUCAAUGUCCGGGGAGUUAGGAGUCGUAUGCGUUCUUUUAGGCUACGGCGCUGAUGUAAAUAUGGCGUCAGACCAUGGGCGGACGCCGCUUAUGGCGGCUUCGGCUAAAGGACACCUGGAUAUAGUCAAUAAACUAAUACAGAAAAAAUCGAAGGUCAAUGUACAAGAUACACAUGGGGAAACUGCUAUUUUGAUGGCCUUGAAAGGUAAUAACAUGGAAAUUGUAGAUGCACUGUUAUAUAAUAAUGCUGAUGUAAAUAUUUGCAAUUCUGAUAAUGAGAGUGUACUGAGCAUCGCAGUGAUGAAAGGACAUGCUGAUGCGGUUAAGACAUUUCUGAAACGUGGAGCAGAUAUUAAUAUUCAAACAAAAGAAGGUUACAAUGUUUUAGUUACUGCUUUAUUGAAAGCCAAUGCUGAGAUUUGUACUAUUUUAGUGGACAACGGUUUAAGGAUAGACUCUUUUCUAACAGAGAAUGUCAAAUAUUUAUUUAAUAACUCUGUCCUAAAUUCUGAAAUAUUUGAUGAUUCUAGAAUCGAUCAAACUCAAAUGCAGAGUCUAGGUUUUACGAUGUUGGUUGUUUCAGUGCUGUUAGACGAUUCUGUUUGCAUUGAGAUGCUAUACUCUCAUGCUCAAAGCAAACAUAACACAGACAUUACUAAUAACAGCGUUCAAGAUGACACUGAGAUGGACUCAUAUAAAGCGACAGAUUGUGAUGUAAAGAAAAUAACUUCAGAUGAUUCAACAUGGAAAUUAUUCAUCCACGCUGCACUGGAUGGAUCUGUUAAUGUAAUAGAACAGUACAUAAAGGCCGGGUUCUACGUUGAUUUGCCAGCCGUUGGGGGACUAACGGCUCUAAUGCUAGCUUCUAAUGAAGGUCACUUGGACGUCAUUAACAUGCUGAUUACCUACGGUUCUGAUGUGGAUGCAAUGACAGCUACCGGCGAAACUGCCCUGAUCUUUGCUGUAAGGGCCGAUCAGGUCGAAGCUGUGCGGGUACUGCUUGAAGCUGGAGCUGAUGUCAACGUGGCGAUAAACACGGGGAUUACGGCUCUCAUGAUAGCGGCAUUGAAAAGCCAUUUCAAGAUAUUAGAUCUGUUAAUACAACACGGUGCGUUGGUGAACUUAUCUGAUGAAAACAACAGCACCGCUCUACUUCAUUUAGCCUUCUCCGGAAAUGUUGAUUGUUUAAAGUUGUUAGUUCAAGCUCAUGCAGAUGUCAAUCACACCAAUACACACUGUUCGACGGCUUUAAACAUUCAUUUAUAUAGAGGACAUUUGGAUUUUAUUCAGAUUUUGAUUAAAAAUGGAGCCUCUGUACACAGCGAUGAUUCUUUAAAUUCUGAACUCGUAUUGACUGCAGCGUGCAAGGGGUAUGCUGAAAUUCUAGAACUUCUUCUACAAAACGGAGCUAAUGUUGAUUCUAGCACUGAAGGUGGUUGUUCAGCUUUAAUGAUGGCAUCAUGUGUAGGCUAUGAUAAAAUAGUACACGUUCUUCUAAAGAACCACGCUAAUAUAAAAUUACAAAAUUCUGAUGGAUGUACAGCAUUGUUUUUCGCCAUAGAGCAAGGUCACGUGGGUACAACACGCCUUCUGAUAGAGCGAGGCGCCAGUGUAUUUCAUACAACAAUGAACAAUGACACGACGUUAAUGUCAGCGUGUCGUGCUGGUAAACUUGACAUCGUGAAACUUCUGCUGGACAAAAAUGUCAACGUCAAUUUGAGAAACAAGCAAGAGAUGACUGCAUUGCUUGUAGCUGCUUACUGUGGACACACAGAUGUGAUGGAAGCUCUUUUGAAACAUGGCGCCAACCCUAACUAUAGCACUAGUUUCCUUACAACUGCGUCCAGAAUAGCCAUAGGUAAAGGAGAUGCUAAAAUGUUGAAAGUAUUGAUUGAUGGUGGACUUAACAUGAACGCGGUUGACAGCUUAGGGUGCAAUAUUUUACAUAGCUGCAUAUUACAGUCUUUGCACGAAACAACAUACUUUGAAUUGGUUUUUCUACUUUUUAGCGAAGAAAAAGAAUGUGUUGAAAUUAAAAAACUUCUUGACGAACUGCUUAAUUUACCGAACGAUAAGUCAAAUUUAAAGUCUUCAGAAUACACAGGCAAAGUCUACACCUUAGUCUCUACAAUUGCUAUUAAGCUCAAGAAACUAUCACAAAAAUACCAUAACGAUGCAAAAGUAAAUAUCAUUGAUCAGUGGAUAAACAAAUCAGAUAAUAUGUACUUCUUAUAUUUUAAAGAGGAGGCUCGCAAGGUACCAAAGAAAGAUCCGAGCUUUGUUCAAUUUUUAAUUAUUAACAAUGUGAAUGUUAAUUUAAUUGACAAAUCAGGAUUAACGCCCUUGAUGAUGACGUGUAUGAUAAACGACAGUGCCGUGGCUGAAGUUUUACUGAACCAUAACGCUGAUCCUAACCAAGUAACACACACUGGUUAUACUCCGCUAGUUUUAGCUUCUUUGUUUGGCAACACUGAAACCAUCCAUCUGCUCAUCUCCUACGGCGCUGAAGUCAAUUUCAUCCACAAGAAAAUGCACGGGACUGCCCUAUUUGCUGCUGCAUUCUCAGGCGAAUCCGAAGCUGUUACCGUUUUGAUUGGCUACGGCGCAUGCGUCAACUUGUCGUCCACCAAUAGACAAACGCCUCUCUUUGUGGCUUCAUCAAAAGGACAUUUAGAUAUAGUAAAUAUUUUACUGCAGAACAAUGCAAAUAUCAACGCUCAAGACAAAGAAGGUGCUAGUUCUUUAAUUAAAGCGUGCGAGGCAGGUCAUAGAACUAUAGUAGAAAAACUUCUGGAAAGUGGUGCAAAUGUCAACAUUCGUAAAACUGGAAAUGAAAGCGCGCUAAUUACUGCCACACGGUGUGGAGACGCCGGUAUUGUAAAGGCUCUCUUAGAUCACGGCGCGGAUAUUCACUGUGUUACGGAUAAUGGGGAAAAUUCGUUACUGAUAGCCUUACAACGUGGAGAUGUAGAUUCUAGCAGUCUGCUCAUAGAGCGUGGGGCUAAAAUAGACACAGUAUUAUUGCAUGCAAUGUUCUGCUAUCUACAAUACGCUAGUCAAGAGCUUACUGUUUUAGAAAAUACGCAUACAAAACUGGAUGUUGAACCCUUUCGUCUACAAACUUCCGGUUUUACGACAUUGCUUGCGGCAGUGAUGUUACGUAUUCCAGAUUGUCAUGAAAUACUUAGCAAGAAUACAACAGAUUCUGAUCAAUCAAAUAUGAAAGCUUCUGAAUGUGACGGUAACAUACUUUCAAUACACGAUGCAGGAUGCAUUAAUGACGUAAUCACUAGUUCGGAUGUUGAGACGUUCUUGAAAGUGUUUGCGUUUCUGAACAAAAUAAUGAAUGUUGCGACUGGUAUAAACAAAGACGACGUGAAAGUCAAGCUGAUUUUGACUUUUUCAGAGACGGCAAAAUCACUACUUGAUCCUACCCCACCAUCUGAAGAUCAAGAACUGAAUAAUGAACGAGCAACUGCAUUAAACUCUUUAAGAUCAGGAGAGGAUAAUCCUGAAAACACAGAUCUACCAACAGUUACAUUGAAGAUGUUUCAAGAUAUUGUUUUGAGCUUAGGUCGAGAGAAAUGUAACAUCAGCGUAAUUAUAAAAGAAGUCCAGGAGGCUAGAAUCUGUCAAGCGGAAAAAGUGGAUAUACAAAAGAUCAAUUUGCUUCGUGAUGUUAGUACUGGCAAGAUGAACAUUGACUCAGUCGUGUACUACGCUUCAGAUGGUUGUACAAUUCAACAUAGUAAUAUGUGA